CAGCUUGAAUUCCUUCCACAUACUGUAGACUUGCUGCAGUGGCGUCGUCGACGCGGAGACAGACUACUCGUGCCAAAUAGUCAUCGUAUAAUGCGCUUGGAGGAACUCUGGGAGCAAUUAAAGCCCGUGUGCGAACUCCAAUCUCUGCUCUCGUUCUCUCUUGAAGAGGGCUUCACAAAGAACCCUCAUAAGACGCGUAAAUGUAACCUCGGCGUUAAUAUAACGCACUGGGUUAUGCAUGCUCAGUCGAGCAAGAAUGGGGAUAAUCCAGAAAUUCGUUUGAUUUUCUUCCGUCUCCUCACGUUGCUUGAAUCCUGCUUUCACGUCGUGGUCGUUUUUGACGGGCCUCAGAAGCCUAAUUGGAUGUGUGAGGCAAAGGUAGAUGCUUGGGUUGAGCGACUGAAACCGGGUAUCAAGGAAAUCGUCGAAGCGCUAGGAUUCGAAUGGAGGGAAGCGCCAGGCGCGGCUGAUGCAGAACUAGCACAUCUGAAUGAGACCGGAGCCAUUGACGUAGUUCUUACCGACAGCCCUCAUGCUUGUCUUUUCGGAGCCCUCACGAUAAGUAACAAUUGGGGCCACAACUUGCCGAUCAACACGGGCGAUCCACUUCGUAAGGGAAAGGACGACAAAAACCACUUGUAUGUUCGGAUCGUUCACGUCAAUAAGUUCUCGUUUGGCACGAACGGUGCCAUUUCUUUUGCGUUGUGCACCGAAGAGGCUGGACUAUCUGUCUUCGUUGGUACUGAGAGGCUACGGGAAGCCCUCGUUGACUCGGGCUUGGGCGUUCGCUUGUGUGAUGCUGUCCGAGGGCAGUCGCGCGAAACAAUCGAAUCUUUAUUGGUGGACUGGCGAAAGGAACUGAUAUCCUUUCUCCACCGCCAGUCCAAUGUUAAUUCUCGGAGCUUGGCCAACAAAAUAGGAAACUUGGGGAAGUCAUUCCCCAACAUUGACCUGCUCAUCUCCUGCGUUGAUCCGCUCACAUCUUCUUCACCUAAUGUCACUGUGGUCAAAGGUCCCCUCGCUGCCGAGCCCAAUCUGGGAACCAUCGCUGCCGUUUGCGAACGAUACUUCGAGUGGGGUUAUCGCGAUCUUCUCAUCAAGCGUUUUCGCAGUUUACUUUGGCCCGGCAUAGUCUUGCGCAUCUUUCUAUGCGCAGCCGUAGAGCUUGACCGAAAGACAUCUCCUCCACUUGAUGAUCCAACCACAAGCCAGUCGUCGUUCAUUACGCAGAAAUUCUCUUCGUGUCGCGAGAACCCAAUUAACAAUCAUUCUCCAUUCUUCGUACACAUCUCGCAGGCGAAACCUACCAAUAACACUCCUGCUCAUCGGGUCGGAAUCAAACCUUUGAUCCUCAUCAGAUUAGCAGAGGCCGGGCUUCUUGGAACGAGACAACCACCCGAUAAAUUGCGCGACGACAAUGUGAUAAAUGAUUCAGAGCUCGAGGAAACUCAACAAGAGCCUGGUCGCAUUGGAAGUCCAGCAGACGAGCAGAAGGAAUUGCGACUCCGGAUUCCCGCUGUCCUAACCCAGCUGGUUAUACCUAGUCUGGUUUCAGAUUUAAUCCAGGAGAAAGUCGCAAAAAUUUCGCCGCCCACCGUCGAGCCCAGUGACAAUCCUCGAGGUUCUAACUCCCAGAAGGCGAAGAAGGGCAAAGCUAGACAAGAGGCACUUCCGAAUUCAAAGUCUUCCUGCUCACAACCAGCGACGAAAUCCAGCGCCAAGUUGGCAGGAAAGCAAAGGGCGCUGGCAACGGCAGCGGAAGGAAGUGGCAAAAUUACAGACUAUUUUCCAUCAUCAAAGCCCCAAGCUCGUCCUAAUUGA